AUGGGCGCUCAAACUCUAACCGAAACUCUAGCUGAAGCUCAGUCAGGCAAACGCAAACUGAAGCUCGGAAAGAAAAACUCGUACGAACCUGACCUGGACCUGGGAGACGGUGGAGGCGAGCUAAAUGAGCUCGGUGCCUCGUUUCCACCCUUGGAGAGCCCUCCAGUUCACUUUGCGACUGAAAACAACACAAUCGUGACGUCACAAACGGGGUCAACUGCUCUGGUACCAUGUGUCAUCAACAAUAUAGGAGAUGGAAUGGUUUCCUGGAUACGAAGGAAGGAUUACCAUUUGCUUACAGUUGGCUUGACUACUUAUAGUAGCGACGACAGAUUUCAAGCUAUACAUUUGCAGCACUCCGAGGAUUGGACGCUGCAAAUCAAGUUUGUGCAGCAAAGGGAUGCCGGCUUGUACGAGUGCCAAGUGUCCUCGCAUCCGCCCACCAGUAUAUUCAUCCAGCUCAACGUUGUUGAGGCGAAAGCGGAAAUCCAAGGACCUUCGGAGAAGUAUCUGAAGCCAGGCUCAGGGUUGCGGCUGCAGUGUACUGUCCUACAAAGUACAGAG